GUUAUCUAUUGAUAAUAGAGGUCCUCGUUAGACUUUAGUCUUGAAUGGUUAUCUCUUUUAGGAUAAAAUCAUUCUAAGAUUAGAUAUUACAGUAGUUAAUUAUACAAGUAUUAAUUUAUUAUUUUAAUAUUGCCUAAAGAUAUAUUGUAAAAUAUAGAAUAGUAGGAUGGCGUCCGAAAAUGAUACUGGUGCUUCUACAGUUAAAUAUUAUACGCGUGCAGAAGUUGAAAAAUAUAAUACUGCGCAAAGUGCAUGGAUAAUUAUUCACGAUAAAGUGUACGAUGUGACCAAUUUUGUUAAACAGCAUCCUGGUGGUGAAGAAGUUGUUUUGGAACAUGCUGGAAAAGAUGGAACAGAACCUUUUGAAGAUAUUGGUCAUUCCAGUGAUGCAAGAGCAAUGAUGGAACCAUAUAAAAUAGGUGAAUUAGUAGAAGAAGAAAGAACCAAAAAUAAUAAAAAAAAACAGGAUUCGGCAAAUGGAACUUCAAAUGGAGACAGUUCUAGUGGCUCUUGGAAAUCCUGGCUGAUUCCUGUUUUACUUGGACUACUAGCGACUGUUGUCUACCGUUAUUUCAUCAGUGCACAUUGAGACAUUCCAUAAGAUGGGACAAAUAAAUAAAAAUCGACAUCAUUAACAUAAUUAUCUACAGAAUAGAUAAUGUAUGAUCAAUGAAAAUUUAAGCAUUAUUAUUUAACGAUGUCGUCAAUUUGUUUAAUAAUAUUUUUUCUUUACGAGUUUUACGUCAUUGUAUCUUAAGAUCAAUUUCAAAUACUCAAAGAAUAUAAAAUUCUAUAUCGAUAUAUCGAUAUAUAGCACAAAUAUAUUUAAACAAAAAAAAAACAAAAAAAAAUACCAAUCUCAAUUAGUAUCCUUAUCAAUGAGCAUAUCUCGUAGCAUCGAUACGCGUCAGAUUAAUUAUUAGAAUUAUCUUAAUCGUUUGUACGUUUUGAAAGUCACGUAAUUCGAAAGAUUGUAAUCUAGCAUAUAUAAAAUUAUUAUUUUACUAUGGAAGGGAUUAUAAGCUACGCGUUGAUUGACGCGAUAAGAAAAAGAAAAACUAAAAAUGUAUAUAAAAUAUCGAUUGUACAAUUCGUUGAUAUAUUUCGAUAAGAAAAUAACUUAAGAUAAUGAUCGUUUUGAAAAAAUUUGCUUCGACAUUCGUUUAGAUUUUUUUUUGUUUCUAGAGCAAAAAAAUAACAAGAGUUAAAACAGGAGAUUGUAGACGUAAAAAUAGUUCGUACAGUUUCAUGACUACCCGUUAGAAAGAGUCCAAUGACAGCGGGGAUGAAUAUCGAGCGACUCGAAGCGCCGACGCCGGUGUUAUUCGGUCUCUCUCGUCGUACGAAAUACCCUCUUUUCAUCUCUAUCCUUCCAUUUGUGCCCCGAUCGCCCUUCAUCUUUCCACCACAUUGCUACUCUCCUCUCUCUCUCUCUCUCAUCCUUCUUCUCCGUAUCGCGAACGCCCAGUUGAGCGCGAAAGCUCGUAAGACGCGGAUCGUAACACGUUAGACAACAUAAAACUAACAUACUACGAAUUAGGUAUUAUUACUACAUUGAAAUAGAAUACUUGAAUAUUGCGACACGAAAGUAAAAUAUAACUUCAUAAAAAAAAAAGAAAGAAAUAUAUAUAUAUAUAUAUACAUAUAAACAAAAAAAGAAAACAAAUUUAUUUUAUUUCUAUUAUCGAGAAAUCAAAUUUAGAAAAGGGUAAAACAGCCAGACGACCUCCCCCCCUAGAUAGAGUGAGAUAAAAGCGUAAAGCUUGUAAAGAAAAGAGAACAUAAGUUUAGAGAAAAAUCGUGCACGCAAAAAGAGCAAAAAAAAAAAA